CUGAGACUCUAAACAGCUCACAUACUGAGACUUGAUCAGCGAACGUCCUGGGACUCUGCAAGCAGAACACAAUGGAUAAGGCAAACCGCUUUGAGAAGGGAAGUAAACGGAGAGCAACAUUCAUGACGUUAAAUAAUGAAGAAGCAAAGAAAGUCUUGGAAAUAUACGUGAAACGAAGUUUAAGCAACUGUGAUGAGAAAACCAGAAAGGAAUUGAAGUCUAGGAAAGUUCACAGGUCAGCUAGUGAUUUUUCCAAAUCUGUAGUGGUUACAAGUAAAACAAAGUUAUAUAGAGCAAAAAACCUUCAAGAGACAGAGGAACUAAAAAAGGAAGAGCAAACUGUCAAUCUAGAAAAUGGAACUUUGGAACCUUCACAAGAUGUGAAUGAAAGUACAGACCAUGCAAAAUGUACACAAACAGUCAAACAAUCCUGGUUUAAGAAUUUGUUUGGUCAGUUAUUUAAGAAAAAAGAUGACAAGAAAAAUGAUAAACACAUGCAUCGUGGAGAGAAAACUGUGCCAGACAUGUGUUGUGUCUUUGAAGACCAAGUGACUUGUGUUGAAGAUGCUACUCCACAACGUAAGGCAUCCAAAAAGAUUGGCCUACAAAGAUCCAGCAUUAGAAGAGCAUUUUCUUUUAAAAAACACACAUCUGAAGAUGUCACCGGAGGUUUAACAGCGGAUGGUCUCCCUGGCAAGCUGAAGAGGCCAACUCAUCUCCCACUGACAUGCAUCAACAGACCCUCAUCGGGCAAAGAUAAAAAGAAUACAGACUGCUAUUACCAGAAGGUUUCUGCAGAGAUUGAGUUGAUUGUUAAGGAAAGUGAUAAACCAGACGAAAGAAAGAGUGUGAGUGGAGAAUCAAAUUGUGAAGCCACUGAAGACAACGAUGAGCUUAUUAAAAAAAUAGUCUCUAUUCUCCGGAAACAGGGGGAUGAAUGGAACAGCAAGAUGAAAGAGGACCCAACCAUCAACCGCUUCUUCAGAAACAUUUCGUAUAACUCAUUCAAACAAUUGGCCGAUGUCUAUGUUGACAAGGAAGUGAAAAACAGGGCGGCAGAUGCAACUCCUGAAGAUCUACAAUUUGCAUACUCUGUCCACUUAACCGCUCAGGUUGCAGGAAUUUCCAGCCAUUCUGUAAACCGGAUCAUGGGCUUCGGAACUCAGUAUCUACAAGACGUUUUCACAAGAUAUUCAUGUGGCAAAAAAUGGGACAGCAGUGUAGACUCAACGGCAUGCAUUAGUCCUGACUGAGGAAAAAUAUACUGAACUGAAGCACAUGGUAACUGCAAGAACUAUUGAAACAUUCAACCCAAUAUUCCUAUAUUUCACGACUGGACCAGUGAAUAUUUAAAGGUUU